AUGCCGUCUGUCGGGACUCGACUGAGCCACUCCGGAUAUCUCGGCACAGUCAGAUUCGUAGGCGAAAUUGAAGGCACUGCUGGCACAUGGCUCGGAGUUGAAUGGGACGACCCACAGCGAGGAAAACACGAUGGCGUGAAGGACGGAAAGCGCUACUUUUCCUGCUCAGUCCCAGGCGCAGGCUCGUUCAUCCGCCAGUCUCCCGCAAUAACGUACGGACAGUCGUUCUUGACAUCUUUGAUUUCGAAGUACAUUGAACUACCACGAGGGUCGACUGCUGUAGAGAAGGUCAUACUGGGGUCGUCAAAUGGCGCGAUCGAGGUGGAGGCUGUCGGCCUGGACAGGAUUAGAGGCAACCUGGCGCAGCUAGAGCGCCUCCGGGAGAUUAGCUUAGAUGGUGAGAAUGUUGCAACUGCCGACCCACCUGGGACCAUCACAAAUACAUGUCCUGGCACUCGUGGACUCGACCUUUCAAAAAACCUGAUACGCUCGUGGGACGUCGUCGCCAUGAUCACGGACCAGCUGCCGCAGCUGCAUAGACUGGCUCUCAAUCAGAAUCGCUUGCAGCCUCCGACUGGCGCAUUUCGUGGGGCAUCCGCAUUCCGGCACUUGCGUGAACUCCAGCUCAAUGCGACGCUCACGGAGUGGCAUGCAAUGCAGCGCAUAAUCGUUGACAUGCCUGUACUUCGCUCUGUUGAGAUGGGCUACAAUCGCCUGGAACAUUUAUUCUCUGACAACAGUUGUCUUGGAUCCGUGAAGAACUCGACACUCGAGGAUCUCAAUUUUGACACCAAUCGCAUCAGCAACUGGCUCACGGUUUGUGAUGCUCUCCGGACAUAUCCAGCACUCCGGCGCCUAGUCUUGACAGCAAAUUCCCUUGAGCGCAUAGAGCCUCCAUCCGAUGGGUGGGUCUCGUCGCUCCAGCACCUACAACACCUCUCACUUUCUUUCAACCGCUUGAGCUCCUGGCGCGACAUAAACGCCAUCCCGUGCUGGUGCCCGGAGCUUGAGUCACUCUCACUCACGGGAAACCCGCUUGUCGAAGAUCCUGAGCAAAUAAGAAAUGCGAGGCAGUUCGCCAUUGCGAGUAUUCCCUCCUUGACGACACUUGAUGCAGCUGCUAUCUCGCUUCAUGAACGAGCCGACAGCGAGCUAUUCUACCUGUCCUACGUGAACCGGCACGGACCGACGAACGAAGACGCGAGGCAGCGAGAGCACCCGCAAUGGGCCGCGUUAUGUGAGAAGAUUUCCGUGUGCCUAUGCGCCCAGAUACCUACGGCCACUGGUGAUAUUGCGGACGCCAGUCCCUCAACGCGUCUACGUGUACUACCGACUAUGUCCGUGCGGGCGUUCCGUAUGAAAUUAAUCAAGUCAUGCAAAAUUCCCAGGGCCCAGCAGGCUUCUCUAAGGAUGUGGCUGAAGAUGCCCAACGACAACCUCGUGGAGAUCGACGGGGACGACGGACACGAGUUGGAUUGGUGGGGCCUAGAAGGCGAUUCCCAUCUGUUCGUCUACACCGAGGCGUAG